AUGAAAUUUUCUUUUCUAUUUCGCUUCCAAAACCCGUUAUUAUCACAUGCAUAUCGCAAAUAUUCAACGGAGGCGUUACCUAGGGCGUUGAGGAGUUUGAAAGCUAAAUCCACUCGUAAAACUGUGCAAUAUUAUGUAGAUUCGUGCAGAGUUAGAGCCGUCGCAGGAAAUGGUGGUGAUGGAUGUAUUUCCUUCCUCAGCGCCUGGUGCAAGGAUCAGGCGGGGCCGGAUGGAGGCGACGGGGGUCACGGCGGUCACGUAAUAUUUCAGGCGACCCAUGCAAAGAAGAGUCUGAACCACUGUCACUCAGUCAUACAAGCGAAGCACGGUGGCCGUGGUAUGAACAAAGAUUGCACCGGAAAGACUGCAUCACAUCAAGUCGUUGAAGUUCCACUCGGUACUCUCAUAAGAGAUAACCGAGGAAGGGUUGUGGGUGAUCUUCAAGAGGAAGGGGCAAUGUUUGUAGCGGCUCGUGGUGGGGCGGGUGGGAGAGGCAAUAAGUUCUUCCUAACAUCAACGGAGCAGGCCCCGAGUGUGGCAGAAUUGGGUGCAAGUGGUGAAUCAUUGACAUACACAUUGGAAGUUCGGUCGAUGGCUCAUCUAGGCUUGCUCGGAAUGCCCAAUGCUGGGAAGAGUACUUUACUCCGAGCUGUGACAAGAGCCAGACCAAUGGUUGCACCGUAUCCAUUCACAACUCUCCGACCACAUAUAGGCAUGGUGCCAUAUGAUGACUAUGAACAGGUUGCUAUAGCAGAUCUUCCCGGUUUGAUAGAAGGUUCCCAUAAAAACCAUGGUCUAGGUAUCCAGUUCUUGAAACACGCUGAGAGGUGUCGCGGGCUAAUCUUUCUUCUAGAUGGUUCCGAUUCACCUUUAGAACAAUACCAAAUAUUGAAUCACGAGUUGACACAGUACAGCGAACAUUUAUCACAGAAACCGAGAUGCGUUGUUAUAAAUAAAAUAGAUCUACCACAAGCGAAACAGAAUUACGACGAAAUAAAAGAAAGCAUGCAGGUUAUAGGAAUAUCCGCGAAGAAUGGUAUCAAUCUGGCGGAAUUAUUGCGUGUAUUCCGCAAAAUGUAUGAUAGUGAAGUCGAUUGA